ACUUUUUCGAAAAAAAAUCCAAACAGUCAUUAAUUUUGUUUUAAAAACAGCGAUUGACACAGAACAAAUAAUAAAAUGGCUUCUGCAUCAGGCUCAGGAGCAGCUGGUUCAAGUGACUGUGAGGGAGAGGAACAGGAUGACUCUUCUUCUUUUUCCAAUGAUCUGGCGGAAGUCAAUAAUAGUUUGAGUCAAAUCCGCAUUGAUAAUAAAAGUGGGAACAAAAAUUAUGAGGAUGAGCUGUCUGCUUUCCGACAACAGUGGCAACGUGAGUUGGAGUCUACUCCAUCUCCACAAAGAGAGGCAAAAAACCCAGUGCAAGUUGAGGAUGCUCCACAAACUGAGGAGGAAAAGGCUAAAGAACUGUUCCUACGUGGUGUGGAAAUGGAGCGUGGUGGGAAGCUAUAUGAAGCGAUACAGCACUAUAAACGAGCUAUACAAAUCCUGCCUGAUGUGGAGAGCAGGCUUUACGAUGGCAGUGAAGUGAGAAUGGACACUCCAGUGGAGGAAUCUGAAAAUGAGGAAAUAUGCAACAAUAAUGAAGAAGAUAGUGAUGAUGAUGAUGCAGUCGAGGGUGAAGAUCUACUGGCUCGGCUUCAGAGAAUUGUGGCGCGGAAAGGGUAUCUCUGUCAGCCGCAGUUUCCUACUAAGGGUGGUCACAUCUCGUGGCUGCCGUACGAGGUGGUGCAGCUGGUGCUGCGCUGGGUGGUGAGCGCGGAGCUGGACGCGGGCUCGCUGGAGCGCGUGUCGGCGGUGUGCCGCGGCCUGCACGUGGCGGCGCGCCAGCCGGACGUGUGGCGGGACAUGUGCGUGCGCACCUGGGGCAUCGAGUGCGGCACCCCGCGCACGCACGGGUACCCCAGCUGGAGGCAAAUGUACAUAGAGCGGCCGCGGCUGAACCUCAACGGGUGCUACAUCAGCAAGACGACGUACCUGCGGCACGGCGAGAACAGCUUCCAGGACCAGUUCUACCGGCCGUGGUACCUGGUGGACUAUUAUCGGUACCUCAGGUUUUUCCCGGAAGGCCUGGUGUUAUCCUGGACAACUGCGGACGAGCCGGCCCAGUGCGUGGGACACCUCAAGUACAGAACCCCGAAGCAAUCGCUUGGCAUCGUCGCAGGACAUUAUAGGCUUGUGGGGGAUAAGGUGGUGGUAGUUAUAAAGAAGACAAAUAGCGGCAAGAAAGUGAACCAGCCCACUUACACGAGGUUCAAGUCGCGGCGGAAGGAGGCGGCCGACGUGCACGAGCAAAUAUUUCAUAUGGAGUUCGAGUUGCGCAGCGCGCGGGCGCGGCGCAACGGCGUGCUGGCGUGGCGGCACUACGGCGUGCGUGCGCGCGCGCAGUGGAGCGCGCUGGAGCUGGCGCCCGGCAAGUUCCCGCCGCUGUGCUUCAGCCGCGUGCGCGCCUACACCGCCGACGCCGACGCGCCGCUCGCCCGCUCCCCGCGCUGACGCGCCGGUGCUCUCUCUGCCCCUCGCGCGGUGAGUCUCACCGCUCUGCUC